AGUGAGAUCUUAUAACACUUCAUGGAUUCUUGUCAACUCGAGCGGUUUCGACCGAGAGAUUUCUCAGUCGAUUACCGUCCCAACAGUUUGAUUCUAUUUGAUGUGCCAGUUUUUCCCCAAAACAACUACAGAUUAAGGGUAUUUUUUAUGAACACGUCUGUCAAAAUAGCGAAUAACAGUACAGAGCCAAAACUUCACGGCUAAAAUUUUACGCAUCAGGCCCAUUCACGUAUCGGGCGCCGUUAAUUACACGAUACACGAAUCCCGCCAUUAAGUUAACAUUCGACACAUACACUCCCUAACUCUCUCGCACAGUUUCAGUUAUGCCUAAUUCAGUUUCUGUUCAAGUUACUUCAAAUCUUAAAUGGAAGCCAUGAAAACCUUGUGGCAUUCACUUUAGGCAUGAAAUGCGGUGUUAUAUCGCUUAUGAUUGAUAUCUGUACAUUGUACCACUAGAAAAUAGAAUUGAUGUUCACCUAGCCAUAUGUUUCGCGCAAUCCCAGUGUGAAGCGCGCCAAUAUGAAAUGGUACGUAAACAUGAAUGCGCGAAUAUUUUUCUUGGCUUGUUUUGAAUAACACCUGCUGCUUGUACUAUUCUUUUUGCACAUUUAAAUGUUGUCAAAUGAUUCCGACCUUCUAGGGCAUAUAUUUUUUUUAUAUUCCAGGCGUCGGAUAAUUGUGAGUGCAAUAAAACGACACACAUCCAGAAACAAAAUUGGAUUUUUUUUUCAACAAAAAAAUUCUUAACCCAACACUUCAUUAAUGCAAUAGUUGACCAAAUGAUAUUUGUAGUGUGACUGUUUGACAAACCUCAUGGUUUUACUGUCGAACACUAUUUGGCUGACUGCUGAUUAAAAAUAGGACUUUCUUUAAAACUGUCCGAAUAUAUAAACCUCAAAUAGCAGCGUGUUUUAACGUUAUGUCAGUCAAAAUAACCACUCUCAACCAUCCUAUUGUUUAAAUUUAACAAUUGUCAUUUCAAGGAAAGUUCAAAUUGUCUGGCUUUGUUGUCACUGACAGACAAACGUUGUCUUAUUUUUGUUUGCUAUGGAAGGGGCUUUACCUAGCGAGAUCAUGGAACAUUUCAUUUAGCAAAAAUGCUCGGAAUUUCAUUAUGACUCACUCUUUCGCACAGUGCGUGAUUUUUCUGUUCUGUUUUUUCAAUGCAAAGCGAAAUUUUACAAUCGAAUUAGAAUGAGAGUUAUUAAUUAUUCAGGCACCCACAACAGAUGGUGACGUGUUGUUAUAGAGGAGCUGCAUAAGGGUCCGUAUUUAGGAUGCAAAACUAAUCACUGUUUGAAAACAUUCGCUUCGUUUUCCUAACGUUAAUCAUACGUCACGUCCCCAACUGCUCUAACAUAAUCCGUUCAAUCUUGACAUGUUAUCGAAAACGGCGACAACCGCACUCGCAAUUUCAGCUUAGGUCGUGUAGCCGGAUACGUAUCUAUCGCACGGUGGAUGACGGGUUCUAUACAGAAGGGAACACUUUGUCGCAUACAUGUUUUUAAGAUCGCAUGAAAGAAGUGUUCCUGUUGGUCAGAACCUAGUUGGUUUCGAGAUGAUCAUGGCGGCGUUUAAGAGAUGGCGCUCGAAGUACAAGCGCUACAAAAAUCAAAUUCCCGAUCAAAUGAGGAAUAGAAUUAUCCUGCACUAUGGUCUUUUUAAAAUCACUUGGGAUUGGGUGAUUCUGAUACUGGUCCUUUAUACAGCCAUUGAAGUGCCAUUCGUAUCUGCGUUUGUGCUGGCACGUGAUGACGAAGGAAAACACGCAGCAGAAGAUGCCUCUCUAGAUUUUUUCGAAACGUUAAGACGUCGCUACCCCGAGGCCUACCCUCUACUGUACACCGACCUCAUCAUAGACUUUCUUUUCAUGAUUGAUAUUCUGAUGAAUUUCCGUACCACGUACGUGAAGGAAGGCGAAGUUCUCAUCACCGGUCCCUGGAAGAUAGCCGUCCAUUAUUUAAAGACGUACUUUGUGGUAGAUUUUGUAGCUGCUAUUCCUUGGGAUCUGCUAGCCAGCUUCAACUCUGGAACGGAAGAGAACACCAUGUUAUUUAGUCUUCUCAAGACUGCUCGCUUAUUACGACUCUUCCGCGCCGCGCGGAAACUGGAUCGAAACUACGAGUACAUGACGUCACUGUUGUUCUUGAUGAUCAUGUUUUUUAUGCUGGUAGCUCAUUGGCUGGCUUGUAUCUGGUAUGCAAUCGGCGCAAAAGAAGCCGUGGAAUACGAUGGUUUAUCCUGGCUUAGUAUUUUGGGUUAUCAGAUGGAAUUGCCCAUUAUGGAGGGUGAGGCAACCAGCGGGCCCACCCUCCGGACGAGGUACCUUACGUCCCUUUACUACGUCAUGACUCUGUGUACGACUGUAGGUUUUGGAAAUGUUUCAGCCAAUACAGACGGCGAGAGGAUUUUCUCCAUAUGCUGUAUGCUGAUGGGAGCUGUGAUGCACGCCGCUAUAUUUGGAAACGUAACAGCAAUCAUUCACGGGCAGUACUCAAGUAACUUCCGUUACCGCAAGGAAUCUCUUCAGAUUAACGAAUUCGUUCGUUAUUUUAAGAUCAAGAAUCCGCUGGCCAGGAGGCUCAGGGAUUACUCUCGCCACACUUGGUCCCAAACGAAAGGAACGGAUAUGGCCAAGGUUCUCAAAAAGUUUCCAGAUGGUCUUCAGUAUGAAAUUCAUCUUCACAUGCACCUGACCGUUCUCUCAGACUCAUUUCUCUUCCACGAUUUUGACGACAGCUGCUUGAAAGCGUUAUCAAAGACCAUGCAUCGCCAUCAUCAUCUGCCAGGACACCAGAUCCUACACGAGGGUGAUGAUAUUGAUUCUGUACAUCUCGUGAGACGAGGAAAAAUAGACAUCAUGAUGUUCAAUGAGCCGCGUGGGAAAAUAAGAGAAGGAGAUGCCUAUGGUGCCAGUUUGAGGCAAAUCUCGUCUCGACCGCGGGCGGUUGUGAGCCUGCGAGCCUCCACUUGUGUGGACUGUCACGUGAUCAAGCUAAAAGAUCUGGAAGAUGUCAUGACAUCAUAUCCUAAUCUGCGCGCGCAGCUGCUAAGCAUGAUGGACGCCGCUGAUCAGAAUGAUCUGUAUGAGGAGGGUGUUACACAUGGCAAUGGGAACGGAGAUGGUUAUGAUCCCGACAAGAAUGGCUCAGGAUUCCACGUUAAACUUGGGGCAAACCGGAAACACCAGUGUACACACAAGAAAAACCGGUUAAUUGUGGACCAUGAGUAUGAAAUGAAGCCAAUGCUUGGUGUUCGCAGCAGUAAAUUAUUAGAACAAAAACCGUCACAUAGCUCCAAAGAAAAACUCGGAAACGGAGAUCUGAAUAAAUAUAAGAGUGUUUCCAUGGAAGAUAACUCAUCCGGUGAACUGAAUGGACGUUUUAUUAACGUAACGCAGUUAGCUGAUAUUGAAAUUGAAUCUCCUGAUGAUGUUAAUGAAAAUUUUAGAACUACUGAGGAGGUUGUUAAAAGGGACGAUGUUUGUGAUGAGGACUUUGCAGAAGAAGCUCCACAGCACAUGAUAGAUACGGCCAAGUCGACUUGCUCUCAUUGUCAGACUGAAUUUAGACCCUCAGAAAACGCGGACUUUGAGGAACGUUUUCAAGAAAUGGCUUCUAAUAUGCAGAGACUGGAAAGCAGGAUGGAGACUCUUAUAUCUCUUCUAGAAAGAAGUGAAAGUGGCAAGACACCACUGAAAGAGGCAGCAAGCGCCGGGAGGGAAAGAAUGACGUCAGUCUGAGGCUUUUAUUAUGAAUAUGAACUUCACAUGGUGUCCAGUAUUUAAUUCUUUACCACUUCACUGGAUGACUGAGGCAAGUGGUGAAGCUGUCCUUUAGACCAAAUUUUUCAAGGAUAUUUACAGAGACUUUUAAACCAAAGCUGCCACAAAUGAGAUAUAUUUUAAUAUUACAAGGAAAUGCAAAUUAGAGGGGAAAAAACCCGCACAAGCAGUGCGAAAUGUUUUUUUCGUAAACUUGCUCGCAAAUUAUGCUCGCAACGAGCAUAAUUUAAAAAGGAACCUAAGACCGUUUUUCCGGAUCACAUUAUUCACCAGCCUUUAUGUAAGUAAUAGUAACGAAGGUCAAUCUUUUUGUCCGCACUGAAAUAUCUGCUCAAUAAUGUUCACAUACACAAUCGAAAUAACUGGGUUUUUAAAAAAACCUACGCCAUGCACUUUCAGAACGACAAAUAGCAGAGGAAAUUUCGAUGUUUUUGUCAUUUGAAAAAAAGGAGAACAGGUGUUUGACGAUUAAAUAUCUCAGAAGUCUCAUACUUCUUACGCUUUACUACUAUACUGAGCUAUUCCGAACACAUUUUCUAAACUUGCAUUGAAUUAUUCUAAUUUCCGUGGUUUCAAAUUGGAAAUUGAACAAAAUUCAUUCCCAAGCAAUGCUCCAAUUCUUGCUUUUGUAGUUCAUACUCGUUAUCAACUCAUUUUAUGAUUCAGUUGAAAACUAUAACAGAGAUACAGCAAGUAUCUGAAAACAGACUAAAAGUAUUUCUGAUGACCAGAAGCAAAAUGGGUUAUUCUAAAAUUAAUUUGCUUCAAAUUACAUUUAAAACUGACCCCCUACCAAAACGGAGUGGUUGAUCUCAAUCAAUACAAAUUGGUAUCUCUGAAGAGAUCAUCUAUUUUCGAAGCACCACGUUUUGCUAAAGAAUUAAUAUAGCGGUCGUUCUUAAGACCUUUUUCCUGCGAAAUUGGAAUAUAACCCUUAGAUAACUUCACCAUUAUUUGCUAAGGGAAACAUAAUUUCUUACUGCGAAAUGAGAGUUUUCAUAUCAAUUUGUAGCCGUUUUUAAAAGGAAUUACUACUUUGUAGAUUUUGUAAAUAUUAAUUUUUAUACCGUUGUAAUGUUUUUUGGAAAUAUCUGUGGACCAAUGACUAUUUAUUACCACAGUCAGGAAAGUUUUAUUGUAAUAUCUUCCGAUAAAUAUGUGAAAUAAACAUUGUGUUGAAUAA